AUGAAACUGACAGGAGGUGGCGUAGAUGUUCGUUCCAGCGGUCGCAAUGACAUACCUCUGGCAGCUGUUGUUGCCCACCAAGGCUUUGUCGUAGAUGGCCUGGCAGUGGUUGUCACCCACCAGGGUUUCAAAGUAGUUGAUUUGGCAGUGGUUGUUACCCACCAGGGUUUUGACGUAGUUGGUUUGACUGUGGUUUUCACCCACCAGGAUUUUAACGUAGUCGGUUUGGCAGUGGUCGUCACCCACCAGGGUUUUAACGUAGCUGAUUUGGCAGUGUUUUUCACCAACCAUGGUUUUGACGUAGUCGGUUUGGCAGUGGUUGUCAUCCACCAGGGUUUCAACGAAGUUUUAGUAUUGGUUGUUACCCACCAAGGUUUCGUCGUAGGUGGCUUGGCAGUGGUGGCAACCCACGAUGAUUUUGUUGUAGGUGGAGUGAUGGUGGUUGUGCGCCAGGGUGAAUGA